CUUGAAGAAAACGAAAAGCCAAUAAUAGAAGAUUUAUCUGAUGACUAUAGUGAAGAAAACGAAAAGCCAAUAAUAGAAGAUCAAAAUAAUGUUAUCUCUCCUUUGUGUGCGGUACAAGAAACUUCGGAAAAUGAGAUAGUUGUAUUUUUCACACAACAAAAAAUGUCUUCUCACCUUUCACAGAUCAGUACAAUUAGUACCACCAAUGAGACGGAAGCGAAAUCAACCUGUAACGAUAAUGACGAAGAAUCAUCAUCGUCUCCUCCUAAUCAGGAACUAGAAGACACAGAAACGAUUCCCCCGAUAAUUGUAAAUAAGUGGUUUAUUGAGGACUACAAUGUUUCGGACGGAUUUCGCAAAUAUCAAAUUAGUAAUAUUGACAAACUAGUAGCUGGCGAAACUUUUAACUUUGCAUCAAGCAGUGAGGCGAUCUUGUCCCUUCACAAUAUCAUGUUUAUUGACUCAACAACAAUGAAAAAACCUUUGUACUUAGAUAUAGAUGAUGAACGAAAAUGGCGUAUUUCUAUACGUCAGCCAAGGCAACAAACUCCACCCAGUUUCCUCGGAGAAAUAAUGGACGAAUAUGAAGCGGAGAUAAAUGAUAUAGAUGAGCUUCGUUCCAAGUUCUAUGAUAUGUGGGGGAAAUAUCGUGACAAAGUCAUUUAUUCGGAUAAUGAGAGGCGUUUGUUUGAAGCUAUCCAAGCAGUUGCACGUGCAUU